AUGAUGUGGUUGAGGCAGGUGGGGGGUGCAUUGAACGCACCUGGAGCCUGCGCGCCCCACGGCUUCACCACACAGACACGGCUGGGCGACAUUGCUGUGACCCCCUUCUCCGUCAACUGGCAGUGUAAGCUUGCUUCCUGGACAGAGCAGUGCACCGGUUUCCCCAACAUAUGCACCUACCCCACGGAGGAAGCAGGCCCUCUUGUGCGGUCGCUGUAUGGGCAGUGCAUCUUCUCGACAAAGACCGCGGCAAGCACCGAGCUGGCAGACGAGGUCCUUGCCGCCGCCAAGACCCCCCUCUUUGCUGAAAGCAUCAUCAAGCUGCAGGCAGACUUCAACAGGACCCUCCUCGACUACGAGACUAUCUACUGGAACCUCACAGCAGUAGGCACCGGCGUGAAUUACCCUCCUCUGCCGGCGUGGACGGGCCCUCGGCUGCUGGACUAUACUCAAGCGGCCGAGAUAGACGGCCAAUUCUUCUUCAGUGGAACUCCCUGGGACAUGGUGGCGCGCAACUACACUGCUCUCACCCUCAACCUGGCCAACAACUCCACGCUCACCCAGUAUGAUGAGGGCAUUGGCGUGUCGGCUGCUCUGGAGGCCCACAACUCCCUGAAAGGCGUGCCCAAGAUUUCGUACACAUUCGUGCGCGGCGCGUCGGACUAUCUCUACGCGCCACCCCUGCAGGUGUCACCCGGCGUGUGGGUGGACAACCCGGCAGUGCCUCCGACCAACUUUGAGACACAGUACCGGUUUGCCAUCCAGACAACGUCCACCCUCAUCCUGACCUUCUUCCAGCUCAGAUGCCAGGCAGCCGGCAAUGCGGCUUCCACCUGUGCAUACACCCUCCCGGAACUGCCCUGA